AUGCUAGAAGCGGGGCUACUCACCCUCUUCGUGGAAAGCCUCGGAAGGGCUCUCUUCGUCUCGCACGAGUGGCUGGGGAAGAGUCAUCCCGACCCCGAUUCUCGGCAGCUGAAAGUACUCCAGGAUGCCCUCAAGAACAUCAUGUCAGGUCGCAGCCGCGUGGGUCUGCCCAUUGUAACCGAGAUGUACUACGGGCGCUUGCCCUGCCCAACAGCAGCGGACCUCAAGUCCAAGCCCCUCUUCAUCUGGUACGACUACUUAUGCGUGCCUCAGGGCAGCAGCCCAGAUGCGAUCAAGAAUCGGCAGCACGCCAUCAACAGUAUUCCGUCUUACGUUGCCAGGUGCGAGUACUUUGUCAUACUGUGCCCUGAGCUCCAGCACAUGGACCAGCCUCGGAUCCUUAGCCAGUCCAGCUGGGCCGACAGGGGCUGGUGUCGGACAGAACGCCUCGCCCGGGAACUGGCAGCGCGCGAUGACGGUUUCAUGAUCGUGGUCUCAAGCCCAGUUCACCAGUCACUGGUCUUCGACAUGAACAGGUGCCUGGAGGCCCCUGGCUUGGGAAAGUUCACCUUUGAGGCAGACAGGAAGAAAGUGGGCAAUGUGAUCGUCCAGAUGGUUUGGAACAAAUUGCAUCACCAUCUCGCACGUGGCGAUCUUCACAAAUAUCGCUUCCUGCUGAACUCGCAAUCCACGCGAUGCUUGCAGAACCUUGAUGUUGAUCCGAUCGACGGAUUAGUGCCAGGGUUUCACAGUGAUGAAAAUCCUUUCACGGACCCCAAAGCAUUUUUGCUGGACUGGUUCAUGCACCAAAACGGAUUCAAGAGCUACACAGACUACGACUCCGGUGGGUGGUCGCCGCUUUGCUUCGCAGUGAUGAGAGGCAACACCGCAUUGGUGCAGUCACUUUUAGAUCGCCAUGCCAGCCCGAAUGAUGCCACACAGAAGCCAAAGAAGGAGAUGGUUUUCGGGAGGAACCUCUCCGUGCUUUCAAUCGCAGCCAUUUACAACAGUAACGAGGUCAUGCAUGUGCUUCUUGAAGCACGAGCCAACGUCAAUGCCCGCGACAGCCACUAUGGUACGCCGCUUCACUGGGCCAACAUCAGCAACAACUCGGAGGGAGUGAGGAUUCUCUGCCAGGCCGCUGCUGAUCCGAAUGUUCGCUGCUUUCCAGGGCUCACGCCGUUCGAAACGGCAUGCGCCUGCUCAGCGAUCUCGGCAAUGAGGGAGAUGCUUGCUCAGAUUCCCUCGACCAGUUUGAAGCGAAGCCUCCAUUGGGCGCUCAUGUUCCACGGUGGCUCCACCGACACGGUCAGGUUCUUGAUCGAUGCCAGGGCGAAUGUGGAUGAGCGCUUCGACGUUUCGGUGAAAGAGCCGACUUGGUGGCUUCUCUUGACAGGUGCCAGUAUGAAGCACAGAGUGAGCCCAUCCAAUUUCACUUCCCUGGCCUACCACCGGAGAGGCGCCACACCGUUGAUGUUCAGCAUCCUAUCUGGCUACUUCGAAGCCGCCGCGGUGCUGCUUGCAGCGGGUGCGCGCUUCGGCGUGCAGAACAGUCGCAGAAAGACCGCUGCGGACUUGGCCCGGGACAGUCUUGCGCCAUCCUUGCUGCUGACGCGCAUGGGCAAGUGA